AUGAGGUACCUACAUCCCUUGUGGUCCUGGUUACCUGGAGAUUUCUAUCAGCUUUUCCAUCUGACUGGUGCCUUUGUCCUCACAUACGUGGCUCUAAAAGCCAUCCACCUAGUUAAAAAAAGACAAGAACUAGCCAAUGCUUUAAGGAAUUUCCCUGGACCUCCCCCUCAUUGGCUUUAUGGCCAUGUGAAGAUGCUCGAACCUGGGGAAGACGUAAAAAAUCUAGUAGGAUGGACAAAAGAAUUUCCACGAUGCUACCCUUUGUACUUUGGACCGUUCUUGAUCUUCUUGGGUAUCAACCACCCUGAUUACGCCAAAAUGGUGUUCAGCAGAGGCGAUCCCAAAAGUCUUGCCGUUUACAACUACGUAGUUCCAUGGAUUGGAAAGGGGCUGCUAAUCCUCAACGGGCCAAAGUGGCAUCAGCACCGGAAGCUGCUGACUCCCGGAUUCCAUUAUGAGGUCCUGAAGCCAUAUGUGGCUCUAAUGGCAGAUUCAGUCAAAGUGAUGUUGAGUAAAUGGGAGAAGUUGGUUCAAGAAGACCAAGCAGCAUCAGUGGAGAUGUUUGAACAUGUCAGCUUGAUGACCCUUGACAGCAUCAUGAAAUGUGCCUUCAGCUGCCAGAGCAAUUGCCAGACAGAUAGGGAUAACCCCUACGUUAAAAUGGUCUAUGAUCUAAGCUUUCUCGCUGUUGAGAGAUUGAAGACACCUCUAUACCACAAUGAUUUCUUUUACCAACUCUGUUCUCAAGGACGUAAGUUCCAUGAGACCUGUAGAUUAGCUCAUCUCCAUACAGAUUGCGUAAUUAAAGAGAGAAAGAAAUCCCUCAAGAAUGAACAAGAGCUUGAGAAGAUCUUGAAGAAGAGGCGUCUGGACUUUUUAGACAUCCUUCUUUGUGCAAAGGAUGAAAAGGGAAAGACAUUGUCUGAUGAAGACCUACGUGCUGAGGUGGACACUUUCAUGUUUGAGGGUCAUGAUACUACUGCCAGUGGGAUCUCUUGGCUUUUCUACUGCAUGGCUCAAAACCCUGAGUACCAACAAAGGUGCAGGGAAGAGAUAAAGGAGUUCCUUGGGCAAGGAAAGAAUAUCCAAUGGGAUGACCUAGGGAAGAUGACAUAUACCACCAUGUGUAUUAAAGAGAGUCUUCGGCUUUACCCUCCAGUUCCUCUAAUAGGUCGAAUCUUGAACUCAACAGUAACAUUUGAUGAUGGACGCACCUUACCAUCAGGUUUCCUAGUUGGAUUGAAUAUUCCUGGUCUCCACAGAAACCCGGAAGCAUGGGACCAUCCUGAUGUCUUUGAACCCCUGAGAUUUUCUCCAGAAAAUUCAUCUGGUCACCAUCCAUUUGCUUUCCUGCCUUUUUCUGCUGGCCCAAGGAACUGCAUUGGACAACAGUUUGCUAUGAUGGAGAUGAAAGUAGUUCUUGCUUUGACUUUGCUCCAGUUUGAACUCUUACCAGAUCCAGCAAAUCCUCCAGUUCCUGUCAUUCAGCUUGUUCUGCGUUCCAAGAAUGGGAUACACCUUAAACUGAAAAAACUUUGUUCCUCAUGA